AAUGUGCUGAAGGCGGGGUUAGCUCGAGACGAUGCACCAAGCGCUGUGUUUCCAAGCAUCGCUGGCCGUCCACGACACAUGGAGCAUAUUAACAAUUGGGAUGACAUGGAGAAGAUUUGGCACCAUACUUUCUACAACGAGCUACGUGUGGCUCCUGAAAAACACCCUGUGCUGCUCGGUGAAGCUCCUCUAACCCCAAAGGCCAAUCGAGAGAAGAUUACCCAAAUCAUGUUUGAGACCUUUGAUGUCCCUAAACUAUACGUUGCCAAUGAAGCCGUUCUUUCUCUCUAUGCCUCUGGUCGUACUACAGGUAUUGUGGUGGAUUCAGGAGAUGGUGUAAGCCACACAGUUCCCAUCUUCGAAGGGUACCCACUCCCACAGGCGAUCUCGCGUCUAGACCUAGCAGGCCGCGACAUAACCGACUACCUCACCAAGAUCAUGAUGGAACGUGGCUACACAUACACCACAACAGCGGAGCGUGAGGUUAUCAGAGACAUCAAAGAGAAACUAGGUUACAUAGCUCACGACCUAGACCAAGAAAUGAAGAGAGCUACUGCGAGCUCAGCCAUCGAUAGAACCUACGAGCUUCCAGAUGGUCAAGUGGUCACGAUAGGAGCCGAGAGAUUCAGGUGUCCUGAGGCUCUUUUUCAGCCCUCCUUGGUCGACAUGGAAACUUGUGGUAUUCAUGAGACGACUUACAAUUCAAUCAUGAAGUGUGAUGUUGACACAAGGAAGGAUUUGUUCGGAAACAUUGUAUUGAGCGGUGGCACAACGAUGUUCCCUGGGCUUGCUGAUAGGAUGAGCAAAGAGAUGGCUGCGGUUGCACCUGCUGGCAUGAAGCUUAAACAUGUGGUUGCUCCUGAAAGGAAGAACAAUGUUUGGAUUGGAGGCGCCAUUUUGGCUUCUUUAGACAGUUUUCAACAGAUGUGGGUGACUAAGGCUGAGUAUAACGAAAAUGGACCGGGGAUUAUUCACAGAAAAUGCUUCUAAUAAUUAAGUUUAUCAGCCUUAAAUCAUCAUUUGUUCUGCUGAUAUAUAUAUAUAUAUAUAUGCUUUCUUCUUCUUAGUGUUAUGCCUGGUGAAAUAAAUCGUGUUGAGGGAAGCAAUAUAAUUGACUUCUUUGUUUGUAUUAAGUUAACUUUUUAAAGUAAUUUAUUUUUCUCCCA